GGGGAAGCAGGGCAAGGGGCGGCGCUACGGCCUGGUCGACUACCGGGCGCUGCCGGCCUACAUGCGGGACAACGAGUACAUCCUGCGCUACUACCGCUGCGAGUGGCCGCUCCCGCAGGCACUUGAUUGGAUUCUUCAUCUUCCUUUCUUUGACCAUAUACACUGCAACAAAAGUUCCAAAUGUGGAUCUUCAUAGCCUGCAGAAUUUACCUGACAUACUUAGGAAUGCUGAUCUUCAUAAGAUUCAGGCAGAGCUUGCGGCAUGCCUUCCUUCAUUACCUCACUUUUCUGAUCUACAAAAGAUGAAGGAUGAAUUGAGAAGCUCAUGGAAUUCUAUCGAUGUGCUUCCGUCAUUAUCUCGUUGGCGUCUCUUGGAAUUACUCUCAAAUUGCUUGCCGGACAGAUUUACCCAUUCCAAUGAAACUAAUCUUUCUGUUCUUGAAAGCAUGAAGGAGGAUAUUGUAACCGUAAUUGCACCACACUUUAUUAGGCCGAUCUCUAGGUGGCCAUUCUUUGCCUUCUUGGGAGGAGCCAUGUUUUGCCUUCUUGCCAGCAGCACAUGCCACCUUCUGUCCUGCCACUCUCGCCGCCUUGCAUAUAUCAUGCUUCGGCUUGACUAUGCGGGCAUUGCAGCUCUUAUCGCCACUUCUUUCUACCCUCCAGUAUACUACUCUUUCAUGUGUCAUCCUUUCUUUUGCAACCUGUACCUCAGCUUUAUAACUAUUCUAGGAUUAGCAACUAUCGCGUUCUCUCUGCUCCCGGUCUUCCAGAACCCGGAAUUCCGAACUAUACGAGCGUGCCUCUUCUUUGGCAUGGGAGCAUCAGGUGUGAUCCCUGUUUUUCACAAGUUGAUCCUUUUUUGGCACCAACCAGAAGCAUUGAUCACUACCGGAUAUGAAAUUUUGAUGGGGCUGUUCUACGGAGUUGGAGCAUUGGUGUACGCGACUCGGGUGCCUGAACGCUGGAUGCCUGGGAAGUUUGACAUUGCUGGGCACAGCCACCAGCUCUUCCAUGUCUUGGUUGUUGCUGGAGCCUACACCCACUACCAUGCAGGGCUGUUGUACCUCAAGUGGAGAGAUCAGCAGGGCUGCUAAAAGUUGUUCUAUUGUUACAGGGUGUGGAUAGAUUUAUUUGGUUAUAUGGUUGUGUGUCAAUGAUCAAUAGAGGACCUGUUGAAUCUGGGUAAAGAAUUUACUGAUCCGUGUAAAGUGUAUACUAGGUACAAUAAACAAGUAAAAUUAAGGAGAUUAUAUAUCUUUUUUUACCGGCAGGCGAUUA